UUGUAAUUUUGUGACGCCUUAAAAUGUCAAGCCCAGCUAGAUCGAGCCGUGGCCGCCGGGGUGCGGAUAGUUCGCAGGAAAAUUCUCAACGAACUCCAAUGAAGCAGGGUACUUCCAAUAGUGAAAGUGAAACUCCAAUGCGCAUCGGUAGCAGUAUGCCACAGAAUGGAGCAAGUGUGGCGAUCGAAAGCUCCGACCAUGUAACGGUGCCUACCUCACCGGCAGUGGAUGCCCCGGUCAUGCAAGCGACAAGCCCUUACAGUCGUGCUGCCGGUAUGAGCCAAAUAGAUAUUAGCUCGCCGUUGAACUAUGGAACACCCAGCUCGUUGGGUUCGAUACGUACACCACGGUCCGGCGUUCGUGGUACACCGAUGCGCCAGCGGCCGGAUCUGCGGGUGGAUAAACUACCGCGCCAGGUUAACGUUGGCAGCUCGGAUCCCCAUCUCGAUCCAAUCCAGGAGGAAAGUCAAGCGUCUGCAGGUGACUUGCCAAACGCCGGACCGCGACUGGUUGUGUGGGGUACGAAUGUCGUCGUGACGGAAUGCAUGAGCAAGUUUAAGCAAUUUAUAAUGCGCUACAUUGAUCCGAAUGCGGCACAAGAUGAAUUGACUGAAGGAAUCAAUUUGAACGAGCCGCUGUAUAUGCAAAAGCUGGAAGAAAUUCAUACCCUGGAGGAGCCUUAUUUGAACUUUAACUGUGCGCAUUUGAAAACGUUUGAUGAGGCGCUGUAUCGUCAGUUGAUCUGUUAUCCUCAAGAUGUUAUUCCUGCGCUGGACAUGGCAGUGAACGAGAUGUUCUUCGAGCGCUACCCAGCCGCAAUCCUUGAACAUCAGAUCCAGGUUCGCCCGUUCAAUGCGGACAAAACGCGCAACAUGCGCGCAUUGAACCCGGAAGACAUUGAUCAAAUUAUUACGAUCAGCGGUAUGGUGAUCCGCACGUCGAACAUUGUCCCCGAAAUGCGUUGUGCAUUUUUCAAGUGCUCGAUAUGCAGUUUCUCCGUCGUGGUGGAACUUGAACGUGGACGGAUUGCAGAGCCUACGCUCUGUUCGCACUGUAACACCAAUCACUGCUUCCAGCUUAUCCACAAUCGGUCACAGUUUGCCGAUCGACAGUUGAUUAAGCUGCAGGAAUCGCCCGAUGAUAUGGCUGCCGGUCAAACGCCGCACAACGUGCUGUUGAUGGCUCACGAAGAUUUGGUCGAUAAGGUACAGCCGGGAGAUCGUGUGACGGUGACAGGAAUCUACAAGGCGAUGCCGAUACAGGAAAAUCCUCGUCAAUCGAGCAUGAAAUCGGUGUACCGGACGCACAUCGAUGUGCUCCACUUCCGCAAGGUCGAUGAUAAGAGGCUGUACGAGGAGGAGGAGGGUAAAGAUCAUAUGUUCCCACCGGAACGGAUUGAACUGUUGAAGAAGAUCGCCGAAAAGCCGGACGUGUACGAUCGCUUGGUGCGCUGCAUUGCCCCGUCCAUUUAUGAGAACACGGACAUCAAGAAGGGCAUACUGUUGCAGAUGUUUGGUGGAUCGAAGAAGAAGCAGGCCACCUCUGGAAGACAAAACUUCCGUGCCGAGAUACAUAUUCUCAUGUGCGGAGAUCCUGGUACGUCGAAAUCGCAACUGUUGCAGUACGUGUACAAUUUGGUGCCCCGGACGCAGUACACCUCCGGACGUGGAUCAUCGGCGGUCGGUUUAACGGCGUAUGUUACGAAAGACACCGAAACACGACAGUUGGUAUUGCAAACUGGUGCUUUAGUGCUAGCGGAUAAUGGCGUCUGCUGUAUCGAUGAGUUCGACAAGAUGAACGAUUCGACCAGAAGUGUUCUGCACGAAGUGAUGGAGCAGCAAACGCUGAGCAUCGCAAAGGUGGGCAUUAUUUGCCAGUUGAACGCCCGUACAUCGAUUCUGGCCGCUGCCAAUCCGUCCGAAUCGCAAUGGAACAAGAACAAGACCAUUAUUGACAAUGUGCAGCUGCCGCACACGCUGUUGUCCCGGUUCGAUCUCAUCUUUCUGAUAUUGGACCCACAAGACGAGGUGUUCGAUCGGCGCCUGGCAGCCCAUUUGGUGUCGAUGUACUACGCCACGCGCGAAGAGGACGAGGACACAUUGGUCGACAUGAGCGUGCUGCGUGACUAUAUCGCUUACGCAAAGGAACACAUCAAUCCGGUACUCUCGGAGGAGGCACAACAGCGUCUUAUUCAAGUUUAUGUCGAUAUGCGCAAAGUGGGUGCAGGUAGAGGUCAAAUUUCGGCCUACCCCCGGCAGCUGGAAAGUUUGAUCCGUCUGUCCGAAGCCCAUGCUAAGGUACGGUUGAGUGAAACCGUCGACGUUCAAGAUGUCGAGGAAGCGUGGCGUUUGCAUCGCGAAGCAUUGAAACAAUCAGCAACCGAUCCAUUGUCCGGCAAGAUUGACGUCGGUAUCCUCACGACCGGUUUGUCCAGUGAAGCGCGCAAGAAACGUGCGGAAGUGGUUUCGGCUAUCAAGGCGAACCUCAAAGCGAAGGGCAAAAUCUCCACCAUUCCGUAUCAGAAACUGUUUGGCGAAAUCAGGGACGGUUCGCAGGCGCUUAUCACAAAGGAAAUGUUUGAAGAUGCGCUUAAGGAACUGCAGGACGAGGGAGUGAUCGUUAUCGUCGGUAACAAUACCAUUCGUGUUUGCUAAUUUUAAGAUUUGAUUAAGUUUAGAUUAUCCACGUG